GUCCUUACUGAAAUGCCACGAAUAGUAAAUGAGCUUGUAGACUGUGUUGUUUAGCGCUGAGAAGUGAAAAUAGAACCUGGAAGAAGCGCGAGUCGUAACCAGCUGUUACUCAAGUGAACUAGCCAUCACUACCGUGGUAACAUUGCCCUUAUACAUUGACUUCCCUCGUUGGCAAUGGAAAACAUCAUCAUUCUAGAUGACGAUGAGGAAGAAGAGAAGUCCGAACCGUCAUCCUCCACCAACUCGCGUUCAUCCGCAGAUAAACCCAGGAGAAUUGUACAGGCCCCCACACCCACACACAUCAUCCAGUCACCCUUUGCCUCUGCGAAAAAGGAUAGAAGUGUCCUUCAAAAAGAGAAUGAGAAGUUAUUCGCGGAGUUUGUGGAACACUGUAAGCCCCACACUAUCGACUGCCCUGAAGUUUUGACCUUCCUGCAAACCAAACACGGCAAGGCCACGCCAGACUUCUUGUCAUCCGUUGAGUUCCGGAACACUCUGGGACGCUGUCUGACCAGGGCCCAGGCCAGCGCAGCCAAGACCUUUGUCUUCAUCAAUGAACUGUGCACAGUUCUCAAGCAGCACUCGGCCAAGAAGAGGUCAACUACUCACACACUUCCCCCUGCAGACGAGAAGGCGCAAAGGAAGACGGAGGGAGAUGCGGACAGCGGGAGUCUAGCUGAGGCGACACCGUCGACGUCUGGGGCACAAGGUGAAGACGGAAAUGAAGACGGAGAAAAGAAGCCUAAGCGGGCUUCCAGGAGACAGAUUGCGUAUCUGGAGAACCUGUUGAAGGUGUACAAUGAUGAGAUCAAGCGUCUGCAGGAGAAGGAGCUCAGUGUGGAUGACCUGGAGGAGGAGGACUCAAGCUACAUCCAAGAGCACAAAUUGAAGAGAAAAAUGAUGAAAAUCUAUGAUAAGCUCUGUGAGCUGAAGAGCUGUAGCUCUUUGACAGGGAGAGUCAUUGAGCAGAGGGUAUCAUACAAAGGGACUCGUUAUCCUGAAAUUAACAAGAAGAUUGAGCGUUACAUCAACAGCGCAGAGGUGCGGUUGAAUCCACCCGACUACCGUGACAUCCUGCAGUUAGUGCAGCGUGCCAACCAGCGCCACAACCUGUCGCUGACCCGCAGCCAGCAGUCUCAGAUCGCCCAGGAUGCCUUUCAGGAGACGGGUAGCCGCCUGCAAGACAGACGCCACCUGGACAUGGUCUUCAACUUCGGCUCCCACCUCACAGACAUCUACAAACCCAAUACAGACCCCGCCCUCGCCGACCCCACCCUGGCACGUAAGCUGCGGAGCAAUCGGGAGGUGGCUCUCUCCAGUCUGGAGGAAGUGAUCACCAAGUAUGCCAUGAAGCAGGGCGACACGGAGGAGGAGGAGAGGCAGAAGCGCCAGAAAGCUAACCAGAAGAAAGAAGUAAGGAAGAAGAGCUGGAGCAGGAAUCGGGGAAAGUGGAGGAGGAGGAAAAAGGAGGAGGGAAGUGGCGGUGAAGAGGAGGAGGAAGACGAAGAUGACGACGUGUCAUCAGACCCAGACAUUGAAGAAGAAAUUCAGGCCAGUCAUUCUCAAGAGGGUGAUGAGGAAGACGAGGAGAAUGAUGAGCCUACGAAUGCCAGUGAAGGCGAAAACCAAGGGAGUGAGGACUUGCCUUCUGUCAAAUCCUCUGCUCUAGAAGAGGAGGAGGAUGAGGAGGGAGGGGAGGAAGAAGGAACCAGUGAAAAUGACCAGCAGUCAGUGGGCAGCAGCAGCCACAGAGAAGUGUCCACAGACACCUCCCCGCCAGAACAACCUGCAACAGAAAACACCUCCCCUUCAGACAGUCCUAGCCAGUCGGAGCCUGUCAAAACAAUUCUCCCCACGGACAAUCAAUGGCAGAGCCCCAUCUCCCCCUCUCAGCCCAUCACAACAAACUCAGACUCUCUGCCCCCAUCGCCGGUGGUGGUGUCCACCAAUGAGGACUUGUUGAUUUCCUGCGAUACAAAGUCGAUCAACGGCCACUCCCCUCCCCCGAGUCCAGUAGGUUCUGACUCUACUUGGAACUUCAGGAAAAGGAGGAGAAGUGUUGAAGUCAUCCCACAGACAACCAGCGGCAAGCGGCAGAAAGCCAACAGUAUGAGCGGCAGCGAGAGCGACAUCCCUCUGGAUAUGGGUGUGGCCAGUAGUCCCCUGCAGGCAGACUCCACCCGAGCUGACUCGCCCACCCAGGAAAUUGUCAGCAGUUCUCAGAUGACCCCGCCUACAAAAUCCAAUAAGGUUGAUGCAGCAACUCAGUGUGACCCGGAGGAAGUCAUUGUACUGUCAGAUUCAGAUUGAUGAUCACCCGGCUUGCUGUCACAGGACGCAGACCAAGAGGUGUUCCUUGCUAAAGGAAUCCCUCAUUCCUCUCUCAUAGUCCUGUACACCUCGCCCGUUGGAAAGGAUACUUAACAAUCUAGUGCCAGAGGAACCGCUACUCCUCACAUGUAGAUCUGAUGCACCUGUGCAGGCCUUACCUGGGCGUCCACCAACCUUUUGGGGAAAAAAUCGUUUACAACUCCUCUGCUGCUGGACUAGACUGGGCUCAGCUCAGAGCAGGAUUGUGCUGAUGUAAUUCAGGGUUUGCUCUUAAAGAGACACUUCACCGAUUAGCAUUAAGCUC